AUGCGUACACAAGAUAGUGCAUUCACGCAUAUACGCCCGCGCCAUGCACCCUACGUGUUGCAUGGGGGGAAAAGAAACAGGGGAAAAGUACACAAAGGAAGUCUGACACGCAUGGCGCCCAAGAGGAAGUUCAGAUACGAAGACACAGGAGUAAAAAAGGCUGCAAGCCUUUCUGCACGGCUGCUUGAAAGUCGGGAGAAUGUACGUGUGAUCGCGCAAUUGCGCGAUAGAAGGCCAGGAGAACGGCAAUUUAUGCUCAACGAAGGGGACGAAGUGCCAGGCGAACAUGCUGGAGACAUGCUUGAAGACGAGUCUAGUGCUUUCGAUGAACUUCCUACUGCUUUUGAGGAAAGUUCACAGAGUACUAGUGAUUUUGAAGAAGACACCCCUGUAGGCGACGAGGAAGAACCUUUGUCGCUCAGCGAUCGCGUUCUCUACUAUGCUGCCCUUGUGGAGCACUCGAGAAUGUCAAAAGAAGCAGUAAGGAGGAUGGAGAAGCUUAUGGGUGUAAUCUACGGAAAACCCCCUCCUUUUACGGUGCAUUAA